ACCCGCAGCCGCAAGUGUGUAGAAAAAAACGCGCCAAGGAGGAAAAUAUUCGAAACAUGGCGUCGUUCGUAACAGCAUGCGGUUGUUCUCCAGUGACGUAGCCCCAUGCUGCAGCUGUGUUGGUGAGUCACAAAUAUCGACCGCACGUUGUUUUGACGUCAGGCUUUAUCACCCUGCCGGAACGAAGACCGGUUUUUCAGUCGCCAUUGCAGCCAUAUUUUGGCUUGUGCUCUCGACUUAUACUAUAUUAUUGAAUAACCAGUAUGGAAGUUGAAAUCGAUACUGAACUUUUGAUUCGAUUAAUUGAAGAAAGACCCUGUCUAUGGGAUAGAACUUUGGAAGAAUAUAAGUUGAAGACAGUGACAAUUGAAGCUUGGAAUGAAGUAUUCCGACUGCUGAAUCCAGAUUUUGAAUCUCUACCUGUUAUAGAGAAACGUGAAUUUGGUAAUGUUAUAACGAGGAGAUGGCGGAAUAUUAGAGACAGUUAUUUGAAGUCUCAGAAAAGGCCUUACGCAAGGAAGACAGGAACACCGCCAACGUUUGUUAAAAAAUACAUCUUUCAUGAUGAACUUCAGUUUCUGCACAAAGUCUACAGUCACCUUGAGAACAAUUUCACAUAUAAAGAAAACAAGAAUGCAGACACGCCUGAAAGCAAUUUCAAGGAAGAAUAUGAAAAUAUUCGGAUCAAGCAGGAAGACAAUUCUUCUGGAGAAGAAUAUGAUAUUCCUUUGAAAUAUGAAUUGGAGUACUAUAUUAGUGAAGACGAGAUCGAAAAGACUGAAAGUAAUGAAGCCAUACCAACUGCCGAAGAGUUAAUUCCAAACAUUAUGCCGGAGUCAACUCAUUCUGUUCAAUGCACCAAACCUGUUCAAUGCACCAAACUUGUUCAAUACAUUAAACCUAUCCAAUACAUAGAACCUGUGCAACAAGGAAUUAAAAGAAAGCACGAAGAUACCGAAACCAGACUCAUUAGUGCAAUAGAAAAGUUAGAAAAUCCAAACCCUCAUGUAUCGUUUAUGAAUAGUUUGUUGCCAACUUUAAAUAAUUUGACAUCAGAGCAAACGUUAGAAUUUCAAUUUGAGGUUCUUAAACUUUUAAAGAAUAUUGCCUCUAGUAAGUCUGUACAUACAUCUAGAUUCUAGAAUUACAAGAUUAAAUACUAGUUGCCGAUAUUAGAUUUAUUGACUAAAUUAAUUGCAUUUCUAGACUUCUCUUUAUUAAAAUUUCUUUUUAGUUUCAAUGCACGUUUUUUAACUUGGAUUUUGUAUGUAAAUAUUUUAAUACUUGCAAGUAUCAUUUAUUGCUUACAACAUAAAUUACUCAUUACAAACCUAAUCGGAAAUAACUAUUUUCUCUAUCGAAACCUUCACUUAGAGAUUUAAUUAUUCACUGCUACACAUACAUGCAGGUUUGUCUGCUCAAUUACAUAAAGUACGGAAGUUUCUUAUUUUACCAUCUACAUCACUUAAACAGCAUUAACCAAUAAAACUUAGAUUAAAUUGAAUUCCCCUUAAUAUACAGGUUGAUUCUAGAAAAUUUUUAAGCAAGAAAUGCGAAUCAACACAGACAUAAAGUUUCUAUUACCUUCCCUUUUGUGAGAUUCAGCUUUAAACGAUUUUUGACUAAAUAAUGUUUUCUAAAUUCAAGAGAAAAGAAGAAAAAAAUGCUGUCAAUUACAUAUUUCAUAAUUAUCUUUGUUGCAUGAAUAGAAAUAGGAAAAAGAACUUGAUUUAAAUUCUAGGAUUAAGGUUUGAAAAUAGUCAGCCUGCUCCUAAUUUUUCUAAUGCUUUGUUUUUAUAACUCAACUCAUUAAUAUUUAAAUAAUCUCCAUCAAUAAAUUUCAGUUUUUUUAAUUAUUUUUUUUUAAAAAUUUAAUUAAAUAAACUUCAUUGAGGACUUUUGAAUGGAACUAAACCGCAUUUACGUUGCGUGGAGAGGAAAACCUCCCGUGGUUAGCCCGGCUCCAAGGGGAUUCUAACCCAUGAUCCGUUUACCUCGGAGGAUAUUUUACGUCAGUUCGGUGGUCUGUGCGUGACGGGAAUAGAAUUCGUAUCAACCAGCCACCACUGGGAUUCGAACCUGGGUCAGCUCUUUAAAUGGGAACUCUCUAUCUCCUGAACCACCGCGGUUCAAUAGGUAUAUAUUGAAACAAAAACAAAAUAAACUGCAUCAAAAAGCUAAAUUAGCAAAUCCUACUAAUUCCAGACGAAUAAGACAAGUAAAAGUAAAAAAUCGACAUGCCAUUUUUGACGCCAAUAAUCCUCAUUUUAAUUUGGCCGCAGUCGCUAAUUGAAAUAAAAAUAAAUAAAUAAAUAAACUAUGUACUUUAUAAAGCAAAAUUAAUGGAAAUAUGAGUUCUCCUAACUGUAUCAUUUAGGAGAAACACAAAAAAAUGCUUAUUAAAAACGUGUUCUGUUUCAUGUAUGUGUACCUGAACAAAACAUGAAAAUAAAUAAAAACUAUUGUAAUUAACUUAGCUUUCUUAAUUAUUGGUAUACGUCUUUUUGAGAUGGGAACGAUUUUGGAGUACCGAUUUAUUGAUUCUUUUCCUUUUUUUUUCCUUCACCCCGUACGAAGUUAGUACGGGUAUGCAGUUAGUUUAAAAUAAUUUUUCUUAUGUGUAGUACCCAUAGCAUUAGAUAAUAUCAACUGCUAAGAAUCAAUGCUAUGUAAUGGAUUCGGAGCAUUUCCCUCUAUGCUAAUUUUAAUGUUGGCACAAAACUCGUUUUUCAUGUUAAGGGGGAAAAGAGCUAAUUAAUAUACUUUUAAACGUGUUUGUUACAGCAUUUGCUUUGAUGAAGCAGCUAAUAUUAUGAUAUGUAUGCAAUGAUUGACCCGAAAAAAAGAACACGUCUAGCUCAUUAGCAAAAUUUAUUGACACUGCAACCACUUGAUUGUUCGUUCCAAAUGAAACCAUUUGAAGAACAUUAUAAAUGGGGAAAAAGGCGAAUAAUUAAUGAACUUAUUGAACUUUCUCAAAUUCAAUUUAUCUCCGUUGUUGUAAUAUUAUAUAUUACCGAAUCAAUCACUGCCUUUCCUUUUUUAAUAUGCUUAACAUAUCAUUAACAGCUGAUGGUAAAUAUAUCCUUUCUUAGAAAGAAUAAGUCGAUUUCUAAGGUUCAACUAUUGACAGCUCUAUGAGAAUGGGUUAUAAGAAAUGGUGAAUAGAUGCUUUAUUUAUUAAUGAAAAUGGUGAUUUACUUAUUAUUUUUUCUUCUUCUAAGAUUGAAAUUCUGUUCAUAUAAUGCUAGAUUUUGAUAAAAAUCAUUUCUGUAUACUUAUUUAAGAGGUUAUUCUACGCAAUAACAAUGUAUUUAUGAAAAUUUAGUUCUAUUAUAGUCUGUAAAGUAUAAGUAAAGUUCUUUUUUUUUCA